AUCAAAAACUGCUGGCUCUCAUAGGAUCAUCAAAAGCAGUCAAUGGCCACUCUUGCUGCUUCCCCAUCCUCUCUCCUCUUCACCUCCCAAAACUCCAACCUUCCUCAACCUUCUCUCUCUUCUCCUUCCCGCCUCCUUCUCUCCUCUCACUCUUCGUCUCUUUCUUCAUCUCUGUCAAUUUCCCCUUCUUUCUUCACAUAUCCCACAAGCUCCAGACGCCUUUCACUCUCUUCCUUCACUGUCAAGGCCAGUGCUGCAGAGAAGAAGAAGGUCCUUAUAGUGAACACCAACAGUGGUGGGCAUGCAGUCAUUGGUUUCUACUUUGCUAAGGAGCUCUUGGGUUCUGGCCAUCAGGUCACCAUAUUGACUGUUGGUCAAGAAGCUUCAGACAAGAUGAAGAAGCCCCCAUUCAACAGAUUCUCUGAAAUUGUGAGUUCUGGUGGUAGCACAGUAUGGGGAGAACCCGCGGAAGUUGGGAAGGUGGUGGAAGGGGCGGCCUUUGAUGUGGUCUUGGAUAACAAUGGAAAGGACUUGGAUACUGUGAGGCCUGUGGUUGAUUGGGCCAAAAGUUCGGGUGUAAAACAAUUUUUGUAUAUCAGCAGUGCUGGAAUCUAUAAGCCAACUGAUGAGCCUCCUCAUGUCGAAGGGGACGUUGUCAAAGCUGAUGCUAGUCAUGUGGGAGUGGAGAAAUAUAUCUCAGAGAUUUUCAGUAGUUGGGCUAUAUUCCGUCCACAAUACAUGAUUGGUUCCGGCAACAAUAAAGAUUGUGAGGAGUGGUUCUUUGAUCGAAUUGUUCGGGGCAGACCAGUUCCAAUACCUGGCUCCGGAAUGCAACUAACCAACAUUGCCCAUGUUAGGGAUUUAUCCUCCAUGCUUACUCUUGCAGUCGAGAAUCCAGCUGCUGCAAGUGGUAACAUCUUCAACUGUGUGAGUGAUCGUGCUGUGACGUUGGAUGGCAUGGCCAAACUAUGUGCUCAGGCUGCAGGCCUCCCAGUUGAGAUUGUGCAUUAUGAUCCCAAAGCUGUUGGAUUUGAUGCAAAGAAAGCUUUUCCAUUCCGUAACAUGCACUUCUAUGCAGAACCAAGAGCUGCCAAGGACAAUCUAGGGUGGUGUGGCACCACAAACCUUCCUGAAGACUUGAAGGAGCGGUUUGCUGAGUAUGUGAAGAUUGGGAGAGACAAAAAGGCCAUGCAAUUUGAGAUCGAUGAUAGGAUACUGGAGUCGCUGAAAGUGCCAGUAGCUGUGUAAUAAUCCAAUGCCAAGUAAUUGAUGCAUGUAACUUCCCUGUCAGUGGCUGUCGCCCGUUGUAUAAUUUGUAUGUAGUACAAGUGAGACGCAGUUUUGUGUUUCAUUCUCAUGUAUUUGCUGGAUGCUGCUAAGAACCAAUAUAUCAAUUUUGAUCAUUCAAAGUAAUACAAUGAAAUUCAAUUACCAGUUA